CACUUUCCGGGGUGUCGCUGAGUGCCACUGCGGGCGCCUUCGCCCCUCGCAGUGUCCCCGGAGUGUGCCCAAGGUGGCCCCGGAGUGUCCCCAGGGUGUCCCCAUAGUGUCCCCAGCGGCCAUGGAGCCCCGUGAGCUGUCCCCUCCCCAGGUGCUGGAGGCGCUGGUGUCCGUGGUGGCCACUCUGGGCGAGCUGGCAUCCACCGUGACUGCGCCACGCAGGAGCGUGUGGCCACUUCUGUACCCAAAGUCCCUGCAUACAGACCUGAGGAGAUUCACCUGGCGCCUCCGUGACAUGCUGGACCACGGCAGUGUCACCUCUCCAGGCCAGCACGGUGACACCUCCCUGAGCCGAGCCCUGGCUGCCCUCGGUGCCACCUCGGGGGUCACCUGGGCCAAUGUGAAAACCUGGCAUGACUCGGUGUAUGUGCUCACAGAGAGCUGGUUCUGGCUGGUUGAAGAGGCCGUUGAUCUCCUUGAUACCUGGGAGAACGUGGCCACCGACAAGGCCACUGCCACCACCCAGGCCAAGGACCUGCAGGACAAGACUGCCAGCUUGGGGACAGCUGGGGAAAACCUGGUGGCCACGGCCCGGCAGCCACUGGUGGCCCUGGCUGAGGACGAGGUGGACUCAUUGUUGGCCACGCACGAAGCCCGGGUGGUGGCGGUCAUCAAGGCCAUGGAAGAGUCUGUGGUGGCCACCAGCCAGGCAGGGGCAGCCACCAGGAGGGGACAGAGGGGGGAGGAGGCCCUGGGGCUGCUGAGGCGCUUGGUGGUUGAGUGUGACAGAGCCACCGUGUUCCCCUUGGAGCUCCUGCGCCAGCUUGGGGACAUCAAGACCACCCUGUUGAACAUAAAGGAGCGGUCCCCCAAUGUCCCCGAGGACUUGGUGGCCGCAGUGGCUGAAGCCAAGCGUCUGUGGGAGGCCAGUGCCCGCCUAACCACGCAUCACCUGCUGGUGACACUUGGGGAAAUCGACUUCCUCCUCUCAAGUCCCUAUGGCGGAUCUGGUGGCCCUGGAGGCCCCCGUGGCCGUGCAGUGGCCGAGCGAUGCCAAAGAGCCAUUGAGGACAUCCCGAGGCUGCUGGAGGGCAGUGGUGUCACCAAUGUGAUAUCAUCAAGGCGGUGACACCAACGGGGACAUUGCUGGUGUCACUUGUUCCCUCCACGUCACUGCAUGGUAUCUGAGACAGUUUAUGUGUGCACCUUAUAGCUGACAUAAAUAUAGCAUAAUAAAUCAGUAUUAUAUCAAAGGCCUUAGAAAAUAUUGAAAUAGAGACUGCACAAUUCUAAAAUGCUUUUAUAACUAUUAUAACUAACUUCUGUAUUAUAACCAACUCAGGGAAUGGUGUAAAACAAUUCUGUUGUUUCUCACAUCUGCGGGCCAAUGAUAACAGUGACAGAAACCAGAGCACCAGAGAAGAAUUUAUUAAUUUACCAGGGAGUGUGGAACAACAGGAUGGGACCAGGAGAAGAAAUAAAAUACAUGAACCUGAUGUGCGGAUGUCCUGCAGACAAGUCAGAGGUUGGAACCAAACAAGAGAGUUCCUGGAACAUGAAAACCUCACAGGAAUGUUUGAAUGACGUCCAAACUCAUGAAUGUGUAUGUGCCGCAGCAACUGUGUGGUGCAUAGGGAACAUUGUUUUAAAACACUCCAGCGCUGGAUAUUGUCC